AUGCACAGACAAAAGAAAAAAAUCAAUCGAUUUGAGGCUGCAAAUCAUGCCCAAGUAUCUACGGACUAUGGUAGAAAUGACAUCAGUAAACAAUAUCCAACACGAUUGAACUUUUAUCUCGCACCACCAAGUACUGAGAUCACCAUUGAAGAAUUUGAACUAUUUGCGCUUGAUCGUCUUCAAGUUCUCAAGACACUCGAGACCGCAUCGUUGAGAAACCUUCGUGGAGCCGAGUUAGAGCGAGUAAUGAACCCUGUACUUGAACAACAUCUUCCUCUUAAAUCAAAUAUAUCACAAUCACCUACAUUAUACGAGGACCGUCGAAAAGAUCACAUCAGUCACUAUGUUCUCAGACUUGCUUAUUGUCGGAGUGAGGAGUUGAGAGUAUGGUUUUUACGACAAGAAUGCAAUCUGUUCAGAUACCGAUUUGAGCAAGAAGGACAAGAAGAAAAAAGACGGUUUCUGACAGAGUUGAACCUUAACUGGAAGAUUCUUGACCAAGAAACAAAAGAUAGUAUAACUCCACAGCUGGAAAAAUCCCUUAGUUAUAGUGGCUCAAAGAAAGAAUUGCUCCAAGUACGCCAGCGAGUACAAAGCGAAACUUAUUUUGAGGUCGAUUUUGAAAAAGUACCAGACCUUUUAUCACGACGAUCUGUAUAUAUACACAAAGGAAAGGCGUAUGUGCCAAUGGCAGAACAAGUUAGUUUGGUCAUGGAUGAGUUCAGACUGCGUUUGUCAAAGGCAUUGGAGGUCACUUCAAAAAUCUUACCACGUAUGGAGGAGGAUGAUCGCCUCCGGCCGAUCUUGCUUAAUGUUGAGAAACAAUACACAGGAAAAUCAUACGGAGCAUCAAAUAAUUCAGAUGGCACGGUCCAAGCUAGUGAUGUAGAUGGGUUAAUUUCGGAACAUGCACCAUUGUGUAUGCGCAAUUUACACGACUCUCUUCGAGCAAAUAAGCAUCUUCGUCAUGGCGGACGUAUGCAAUACGGACUUUUCCUCAAGGGAAUAGGACUCAAUAUUGACGAAGCCAUCUUAUUCUGGAAACUUGCCUUUGCAAAUCUCCCAGAUGAUAAAUUUCAAAAGGAGUAUGCUUACAAUAUCCGACAUAACUAUGGCCUUGAAGGAAGACGCCUGGAUUACACGCCUUACAGCUGUAUGAAAAUCAUUCAAUCCAAUCAGCCUUCAUCUGGGGACAGCCACGGUUGCCCAUUCAAACACUUCUCUCCUGAAAACCUGGAAACUAGACUGUACAAAGAUAAAAUUGAUAAGCCUCAGAUACAGGAGAUUAUGACUCUGGUCAAUAAUCGACAUUAUCAACUUGCCUGUACACGACACUUUGAAGUAACACAUACAAAGGUGACAGAAAAGGCAACCAUUAUCGAACAUCCAAACCAAUAUUAUGAAAUGAGCAAGGCCGCAGCAGAAAUUGCAACCACAAAACCUGAUACACAAGUAGUAACAGAGUCAAUGAUGGAUAUAGAUCAAUAA